GGAUAUCGUACGGUUGAUAAGCGAGAGCUGGCGCUAUCUGAACAAGCUGGAAACAACAGAGGUGUUACAAAUGUUAAAAUGAUAAACAGUCCUGGGUUUUCAUAGUUUUUGUUAUAGAGGCGAUGUUAUUUUUUAUAGUCGAGCCAAGUUCUUUUCUUAUGCUUUUUUGACUCGGAAGUCCGACAGACAGCCCGCAAUUUUUUGCUCCUGUAGAGAUGUCAUUCGACUGAGAGAAGGUUUCAGUUUUUAAUUUAUAUCACACAUUUAUGUUAAUAGCCAAACAAACGGAAGAAAGUCCGUCGAAAUCGGAAAAUAAUUUAUUAACACAUCUUUGAAAGGGUGGUCAGGAAAUGAUGGCCGAGGGAAAUCAUAAUACUAUGCCCAUGGCGAUUAGCAAUAGCACGAAAUUAAGAUUGAAAGCCCUCUAUCCGAAAGUCGCCGAUGUGGAAACUUCGCUUCCUAGGAGUUGGUGUCCGAAAGAGAAGUUCAGCCAUAUCGGAUUGUCCAACGGUGGCCUCAGGGUUCAAUUUUUCAAAGGACACAGCGACUCGAACAGGGAAGGUGUGACUGUCAAAUCCAAUAUUUCGAUACCGCCUCCGACCGGUCUCUACUACUUCGAAGUCAAGAUAUUGAGCAAGGGUCGAGAAGGUAACAUAGCCGUGGGUCUCACGACGCCUUGCGCCAGCCUACACAGCUUGCUCGGUAUGGACAAGCACUCAUACGCGUACCAUGGGGCAGAAGGCAAUGUGUACAAUUACAAAACCAACACACCUUACGGGCCUUCGUUUACGACAGGAGACGUCGUGGGCUGUGGGAUCAAUUUUGUCUACAACACUUGUUUCUACACGAAGAACGGCCAUUAUCUUGGAAUCGCUUUUAAAGACAUGCCGAAAAACCUGUAUCCCACUGUCGGAUUGCAUGCGGUGGGUGCGGUCGUCGAUGCCAACUUCGGUCAUAUCCCUUUUGUAUUCGAUAUCGAAGACAUGAUGAAAGAAAUGAAAUCAAAAGCUAAAGAUAUUAUCUAUAAUUUUAGUUUUCCGAGUACCGACAGUGAAUAUCAAGACAUGAUGCACAAACUUGUGAGUUCGUAUCUUUUGCACAACGGAUACUGUGCCACAGCUCAAAAAUUCGCCUCUGAUACGGGCCAGGAGUUCAACGAAAAUAUAGAAGCUAUUCAAAACCGAAGAAACAUAAUGAAUCUUGUGAUUGCAGGUAGGAUACAGGAAGCGAUCGACAGCACUGAGCGUUACUAUCCCGGACUCCUCGAUAACAAACCGAAUCUCCUUUUCCGGUUGAAAUGUCGCCAGUUUAUAGAAAUGAUAAAUUCGAGCCGUCAAAGUAACAAAGAAAGUGUUCAUAAUAACAGAAUGAACGGAGAUACAGAGACGGAAUAUAUGGAAACUGACAGUAAUGGGUAUCCGGAGGAGCCGUGCAAUGGGCGUCUGUCCUCAGUCGAAAAGAUCCUUGAGUUUGGAAAAGAGCUAUACACCAUGAGUCAACGGCUAUUUAGACUGUAUGGUAGUAAUAAGAAAAACAAAUCGAUGCUGCGCAACGCCUUCAGCCUCCUAGCGUACUCAAAUCCCCACAACAGUCCUGUCGGCUGGCAGCUGGACCCAUCCCAGAGAGAAGCUAUCUCGGUAGAGCUCAACUGUGCCAUCCUCAAAGACAGCAACGCUUCGAUGAAACCGCCUUUGGAACUCGCCCUCGCCCAUGCCCAAAAUCUCCUUAACCUCAUGUCCAAAUCAGGAAUUGGACUCGCCUCUUUUACGGAUAUCAAUGAUUAUUUAUAAACAGUAAACUUUCUUACACAAUUUUGUUAUUGGGAGCAGCAGUAAUUUUGUACAUUUCGUAGGACUUUUUUGUUUGUUUUUGAAUUGGGAAGUUAUGGAAAACAACAGAAAUUUUAUUUGUGAUACUAAACUUUGACUGGAGUGAAUGAGAGUAUCACAAUUUUUAAGAUGUUAAUUAAAAACUUCUUCACUGGCGUAAUUUUAUCCAAAAUUAAAACAAUAAAAACAGCAAAUUUUGGUUGAAAGAAAUUUUUAACAUCAAAUUGACAAUUAUAUGUGAAUUGUUGGUUAAAAAUCAACAUCAUUUAAUGACAAAAAAAAGUUUGUACAUUAUAUAAAUACAAAAGAAAAGCUUCAGAUAACAUUUUGUAACAAGCAAAAGCAUAUUUAUACAGAAGAUAAUAAGACAUCGUCUGUGUAAAAACAAAAUAUUUCUCAAUUUCUGUUUUAAAAUUUAAAUUGAAAAAAUACAGUUUUUAGGAUUCUACCAAAUCGCAAAAAAACUUAAAAUAUCAAUUUUAGAAAGUGUCUUAGGAAAAAAGUCCUCCUGGAUUUAGAUUACCUGUUUGUUACAGGGCUAAAAUCAUGGAACAUUUUUUUUUACUCAUAAAUCCUUUAGAAAUUGAUUCAGCUCUCUUCCGAGUAAGUGAAAAAUUAGCUCAACCCUGUAAAAAAUUGCAUUGACCUGACACAUUUAAAAAUUUAUUUAUGUUAUUCAUUUUAAUCAGAGUUUUUAAUGCCUAAAGAUUCAUGUCUCAUUAUUACUUAUUCAGUAUGCUAUUUCCGUGAAAAGAUUAGGCAGAUAUAUUUUAUAAAUUAAACACUCCUUUGCUUGAAUAUAUGCAGUAUGUUUUGUUUUUGUACUGAACUGACAUAUGGUCACUUAUUGAGUGUCACUAUGCCCGUUCAGCAAGAGUUGACCGACUUGCAGACCCACCUAUCAUCAACUCUUGUUUUUAUAUUAAUGCUAACAAGAAGUGAAUGUUUCAUAAAGGGUGAAUUGAUUUAAAAAAAACAAAAUAAAAUAAAAACAAAUAUACAGUAAUAAUUGCAGUGGUGUUAGGAGACAAAUAGUUCAAAAUUGGUGUCAUGCUAGAAUUUCAGAAUUCACAACAGUUAAUAAAAAAAGGCAAAGUUUUGUACCUUUGCUUUUAAUGGACUUUCAAACAAACAAAAACUAAUAAUGUCAGUACAUUAAUUUUUUUUAAAAUUUAUUUAUUAAUAUUUUAUUAAUUAAGCCAGUUGAGGAAGAUAAUGGUCUCUUAUCAAGCUAUUUUGAUUGAGGGUCGCUCUUGAACUUCAAACCUUGCUGAUAUGUUUGUAUUUAAUGACAUGUCAUUUGAAAAGUUUUGGAAAUAUUCAACAAACAAAUUCUCAUGAGUGAUCAUUAAUAAAUAUGUGAUAAUAUUUUGUGUGAUAUUUAAAUGUUAGAGUGUAUGUUUAUUUUAAUAAGGAAUUAUCAUUGUUUUAAAAUAUGAAUUUGCUACACUAUUUAUUGGAAAAUCGCAGUUUUUAAUAACACCAACAUUGCAUUCUGUUAAAAGUUAAAUAAUGGAUUGUUUCAGUGCAUAGUUCAUCAUGUCACAAUUACAUUUUUGUCAAUUGAAAAGUUAUUUUUAUAGUAUAUAUAUUUUCAUCUCUCAUCUCUCCAAAAUGUGAAAAAAAUUAAAUUAAGGGCUUUUAACAUUUGUAUAUUAUGUUUAAUUGAUAAGUUUUAUUAUUAUAAAGUUAGUGUUACUUCUGCAAAUUAAAUUGUAUAUUUUAAAAUGUAAUUACCUAAAAAUAUAGAUGAUUUUUCCUUUGUUGCCAUAUCGUCAAUGUAUGAGACACUGAGGGUGAAAAACGGCGUCGCUCCAACUCCGUGGAGGAAAUUGCCCACGACAAGCAUGCUGUACAUUAGUCGAUAAUUGUGCACAUUCUAAAAUGCAAGAAUAUCAAUUGGUUUUUGACAAAAAAUAUAAAAAAUAAAAGUACAGGGGUAUAAAAGGAGAUGCUGUGGCCGAGGAAUAAAUUUUAUUAUAUUUUUUUAGAAUCGAGACAGCUCUCCUGUAUAAAUCGAUCAACAAGCAAAAUGUAAAAUUUAAUGUAAAAAUCGACACUAGAGAACAUUUUAGAGAACAGUAGAGUUUAGAAAAUAGCGUGUAUUCAUUUAGUGAUAAUGUUAUACCAAUUAUGGUUAUUGAAACAUAUUUAUACAUAACAAAACGCAUGUUCUCUGUUAACCUGCAGGAUGAUGUGUUCCUAAUCUCUAAUUUUGUACAUUGCGCAUUGUGUACGUGUUCAGUUUGUAAUUAUAAAAUGAAGAUAUUAAUAAAUUAAAGUUAUACAUGUU